AUGACAGAAGAACAUGUAAUUUUGAGGAUACCGGAUGCGUUACGCGAGCAAUUUGACAGAGAAAUAGAGGAGAAAGGGUAUCCCGAUUGCGAAUUCGAUUUUAACGACCUUAAAAACAUUACUUUUCGAUAUAAGGGGACAAGAUACAGGGUGUCUGCAAUUCCCCUGCCGUGUAUCCUUGAAGCACAAAAAUCGUUUGAUGGCAAUCAGUUCUACAAAAUUAACGACGUUGCCAACAUGCUCGUUGUAUGGCCGAAAAGUUACACAGAGGUGGAGAUAAAUCACUACACCAAGAUCUACGCUGCCAGCGGAAUUACGCCUCCCCUAAAAUUUGUGAAGCAUAGACGCUGGAGAGAGCGAGCACAAAGCCUGAGCGCAGUGGAAGAAAUAGAAAAGAAGGUGAAGGAGUUGCUGGAAAGAGACAGGUUGGCGACCAGUAUCAGAAUACAGACAGUUAAUACGGAUAACGAGGAGGAAGAUGUGUCAUCUUUGGCCGCUGAGUUGGAACAUAAUCUAAUCGAUGAAUAUCUGGUUGAUCAGAAGCGAUUCGAGGAAACAACAUUGGAAAGCGAAGUGGUGAUGGAGCUCAAAGGCCAAAUCGAAGAGAUACAAAAAAAGAUAAGAGAGAAGAAAGAGUUUUUAAAGUCAGCAACAAAUAUCAUAGUCCAACGAAGGUUUGAGGAGGCGAUCAAAAAAUUAUCUGCAGAGCUCGACGAAGUCCGUGCGAAAUUGAGUAAACAAAGCGCUCACUGAACCAUCCAACAGGAUAGCAAUUAUAUGGAUGAGUGUUACGUACAUUACCGGUAAACACUUUACACAGCCUCAUCAGCUCGUUUCUAUCUAUUUUGAUUUGGAGAUAAGCACUUGAUUCCAUCUAUGAAGAGUGUUUUUUACUGAAGUACGGUUGUUUGUCUCUUCCCUAGUAGCUAAAUGUAGCCAACGAAUCGAAGUAUGCUCUGUAUUCCCAUUUUAGGUGUGAUUGUGCAUAUUUGUUCCACUAUCUACAGCUUCAUUCAUGGAGUGCCAUAUGGAUUCAGGUCCCCGUUGUGCAAUAAAAGUCGAUCAAUCCUGUUUUUGACGAAAAUUUGAACCAAGUCGUGUAGCGGUUCCUACCAGAACCAUUAGUACUCAUUCUUCUAUUGCAAUUUCUGUCCUGGGAAACAAUUGCAUAGUAAAUAAUUUUGAAUGUGAUUUGGACUGUGUGUUUUUAGAGAUUGAACUGCCACGAGCUUCAACGUGCAAUGAACCACUUAUCAUCCCCUUCCAACAUAUAUCACAACGCUUAUUAUCCAUUCCUUUUCAACGUACAACACAAAAAUUCUUACGCAUU